CCUGAGGUGGUGUACAGUUAUUUGGUAUUAUAGAAAUUGAGAAAUACAGAAUGGCAAACCUUCGUAACGUUACGCGGAACCUGAUAUGUAGCUCAAAAAGAUUUUAUGAACAAGUCAUAACACAACAAACCACUUCAAACUAUUUUCGAAGAUAUGUUUUAGCAACAAGAAACUCAGCUGACAGAUAUUUUUCUUCUCUUCAUCCAAAACAAGCCAAAGAAUCGGUAAAUAUCACCUACUUAAACCGAGAUGGUGAAAAGGUGACAGUUAAGGCAGCCAUUGGUGAAAACCUGUUGGACAUAGCACUUGAUAAUGAUUUGGACAUUGAUGGAUUUGGUGCAUGUGAAGGUACACUAGCAUGUUCUACUUGUCAUUUAAUCUUUGAUCAAAAGGUUUUUGAUCAGCUACCAUCAGCAUCUGAUGAGGAAAUGGAUAUGUUAGAUCUCGCUUAUGGACUACAAGAAACAUCUCGUCUCGGUUGUCAAGUAUGUGUGACCAAAGAUAUGAAUGGUAUGGAAGUAUGUGUACCUAAAGGAGUCAGCGAUGCCAGGGAUGUGUGAGAUAUGCCGGCAUCAACGUUUCUUCUAAAUUCAUUAAUAUUCAUUAUCAUUAUCAUCAUCACCACCAUAUUCAUUAUCAUUAUCAUCAUCACCACCAUCAUUUUAUUACUACUAUCUGCCCACUACAGGGCAAAUAAAGGCCUACUACCUAAGCUGGAACCUCCUGACCUAUGAAGCUCUCAUGCAAGUCAUGUUAGCAAAUUUUACAAAACAAACUUUUCAUCUGGUUUCCUAUCUACUUCUACGCUAUAACCUAUUCUUGGUGUAUAUCUUUCAAAUAAUACUGUAUCCUAUAAUAGUAAUAUAUAUUGUACAGCAAAAAAGAGGGAUAUGGUAGAGAAAAAAGAUAAGUACUGUACACUGGGUUUUUUUGCAUUGCAUUCAGACUAGACAAAAUAUGUAUUGUAGUUAGUAGUAAUUUUCUUUUAAUUCUUGGAUUUUAUCUGGAAGUGAUACUUUUGCAAGUGUGGCUAGACAACCAAAGCAUUCCACUAUAUUUGUCUGACAAUGUUUCGUUGGGAGUAGACUGACUCUCAGCAUGAAUACAAUAUCAAUUUGUGUGAUCAGAUAUGUCUAAAACAAGCAUACUCUUUCAGACAAAAUCUGUUGUUUAGUCUUGCAUGCAGAAAUAUGAAACCCAGCAACAUUGAUGUUAGUACAACUCCACUUUCUGUGAGUGAUUGACAAUGUGACGAGGUUUGCUGAUGUUGGGGGUAGCUUGUUGUCCACACUACAAAAUUUUCUUUGACAAAAAAACUGUUGUACGCCCAUAUAAAGUCAUGAUGUGCCUAUAUAUGGUCACGAUGUGAUGUCUUCAUGACCAUAUAUAGGCAUGUCACCUGUUUUUGUCGAAAUAAAAUUUGUUAGUCUGGAGAGGGCUAGGCCUAAAUUCUAUCCUUUGUGCAUGCCUCAUCAUGUGAUCUCCAUCGAAUAUUACUUUACUGCUUUGGAAUUUUGUGUUCUUGUCCAUUUAAUUGUUCAAAAGUAUGUUGUGUGGAUAGAAAUUGAUGACCCAUGUGACAAUAAGUUAAUAAAUUUGGGAAUUUCUAAAUUGAAUCGUGGAGCUUAUAGCUGGAAGUAUUUUCUAUGCAUUUAUUAAGUCAUAAUAACUAUUGAUGUUUUAAUCAUUAGUGAUAAACUGCCACUGAACCUUAAUAAACUUUUAAUCUAUAAUUUUUGUUUGUACUGUACUAACUAAAUUGCCUAAUUUGUAUAUCAACUGAAAAUUAAAAUGAGAAAUAUUGUUUUUCAAUUAAACAGAUGUUUAAAUAAUACCUUGCAUAGAAACUUUGCACCUUUAAUUACAAGCACCACAUAAUUUUUAUAGUAAAGUGUCUUUACAUUAAAAAAAUGAUUU